GUGAUUUAAUUCUAGAUUUGGGUCAAAUUUACCAAGCAAAAAAUCUAUUUUGACUUUAAUUUAAAACCUGUGAGAUUGCACAUUUGUUCAAGUAGCAUAACCACCUCUUUUCAUGACCUUGGUUUAAAGUUUUGCUAGAAUUUCUGCAAACGUUGUUUAGCCAAAUGAUAUGUUGGCACAGGAAGAGACCAAGGCUUCACAUUGUGAAGAUUGACAGAACUACCAAUCAAAAGGUUCUUUUUUAAUAUGCUUCAUAUUUCUCUGAAGAAAUAGCCAGGGGAAUUCUUUGGGAGAAAGAAGAUCACAUAACUUUCUGAGCUGAUCAUGUUGGCAUUUCUUCUCAAAUUUGAUGAAGAAGCUGUUGGGUUUUGAAGUUAAAUAAUUUGCAAGUUUUUGUGGAGGACAAGUUUCUGUCAGCAGCCUAGGCAUGGUGAGCACAGUUGAUAUUCCUUGUGAGUGAGUAGGCAUGGUGAGCACAGUUAAUAUUUGCUGUGAGUGAGUAGGCAUAGUGAGCACAGCUAAUAUUUCAACUUCUUCGCAUUUGGCCAUUUUAAUCUUCCUGCACCCCUUUUUAAUAUUUAUAAUUAAAAUUUUCCUUCAGGCAUAUGAAGUAUGGCUGGGUGAAGGAUAUGGUAGUUUGUAAUAUCAGGCUUAUUUGGAAAAAUUAGACUGUUGCAAAGGAGAUUUCAUCUUCACAAGGAUGAUUACUAUAGGAAGCAUUCUGGUUGCUCAGACCAGUAGGGCACAAUUGCUUCCACUGUUGCCUGCUAGGGUGGUAUAUUACCAUGACUAUGUUUUAUGGUCAAAUUUGCUAGAUUUUAAUUCAUACAUGAAGAGGAAUUGUCCUUGUCUCUAAUAUUGUAACACUACUCAUGUUAAUUUUCUUUCUUUGCAGCCUAUUUAAGGAUCAUUCAGAUUGUGAGAUGCAAGCUUCAGAAGAAGCUGAGGUUGAAAGAAUGUCAAUGAUCAGAUGGGCGACACCAGACGCUUCAUGCUUGGAGGAGACAAAUAAAAUACAAUAGAAAUUGACUUGAAGCAAUUGAACAACUUCAUCUUGUGUAGCAAGGUUUGUCUUGCAGAAAUCCUCCAAGGGAUCACCACUUCGUGCAGCAAGCAUGCUAGGCCACUUGCUUGCUACAAGAUGUGCUUAAUCAACUACCCAUUGGCUACAUAUAUCCAUCAUAUUCCUGUUAGUAAUUGAAACAUCGCUGCACCUGAAGUCCACUGACACAAAAGGAACAUCAUAGACGAUCAAUAUGCCUUCAAUGGCUCCUCAACUGCCUUUCUAAAGGCAGCAUUGACAUCCUCAGCUGUAAUCCUGUUCUCAACAUUCACAACAAGGCCAAUAAUUGAAACACUUGGUGUUGGUACACGGAGUGCAAUACUGUUGAGCUUGCCCUAGGGUUGGGGUAGAACAAGAUAGUUGACCUUGGCUGCAUCGAUACUUGUUGGGAGUUGGGACUAUGUUCAAUGCUGUGGGCCUAGCUCUUCUCAAGUCACAGUGUGAAGCUAGUGUCCAAGAGUCUCUGCACAAUCACAAGCAGCAAUUUAGCCUUUUCUGUUCAAAUAAAUCUCCAACUUUUUU